AUGCAUCUGCAGGCUAGACAGUACUACGGCGAUUAUUAUGACGAUGACAGGUGCUACAUUGACAGAAAUGGCUAUGAACGCUGCCGUAACUCCACAUGGAACAACUGGGCUCGAUGGGUUGUUCUCGUCAUUGUCGUAGUCGGCUUCUUGCUCCUCUUCGUUCUUUGCUCCUGCCUGACCGCUCGUCGUCGUCGCAAGGCCGGCCGCCAGCCUUUCUACGGCACAGGCUGGGCUGCGCGCCCCGGCGCCUACAACAACCACCAGAACGCUCAACCUUACUACAACCCCAACCACCAGCCCGCCCCGCCUUACUCGGCUACCCCGAACAACAACUACUACGGCGGUGGCGCAAAUCAGGGCUACUACGGUCAGCAGAAUGGCGUUGAGCUUCAGCAACCGCAGCCGACAUACGGUGGCCAACCAGAGUAUGCACCACCACCUGGCCCACCCCCAGCCAAGGUCUAG